UGCCUUGACUCAGUUCUCUUCCUCUUCCUCUUCCUCUUCCUCUCCCUCUCCUCUUUUUCCUCUCUAUAUAAACGCCAAACACGGCAACCACAUUGUGCCCAAAAACAGGACCCCUUCCCCCGAGAAACAGAGAGAUAAAGGCUCAGCACUGUUUCGUCUCACAAGACGCCCAGAGAGAUCUGCUUAUUUUAUUUGGAGUUCCUUCUGUUGGGUUGUUGUUGUUGUUGUUGCUGAUGCUGGAUGGUCUUAUGGAGCUCCAGCUGGGUCUCGCCCUCCCCUGCAGCGACGGCUACGUGCGAGCGCAGCAGCAGCAGCACCAGCAGCAGCAGCGUCGGCGUCACGGGCUCGACUUGGACCUCAACGUGAACGGGUUCGGCGGCGGUCACGGCCAGGGCUGCGACGAGGACAUGGUGGAGGCCGUGGGGUCGAACCGGUUCGACCCCGGGCCGAGCCUCGAGACGGGCUGCUACUACGACAGGAGCGAGGAGGAGUGCGGGUACGAGUACGAGGAGAACGGGAAUUGCGAGAGGAGCGUGCCCAGGACGCUUCCGCUCCUGUUCGGGGGCGCUCCAGACGACGAGGUCGACGGAGACGACGACGGCGAGGGCCACCACCGCUUUUCCGGCAAUAAGGAGUCCACGUACUUGAAGGUGACAAUGGAAGGCGUAGGGAUCGGGAGGAAGAUCGAUCUCAGCCUCCAUCGCUCCCUCCACUCCCUCAUGUACACCCUCAUCAACAUGUUCGGCUUGUGCUACGAAGAAUCCGAAAACCUGAAGCUCGCUUACCAGGACCGGGACGGAGAUUGGGUGCUGGCCGAAAACGUGACCUGGAGGUCUUUCGUGCGGUCUGCACAGCGAUUGAAACUGCUGAGGAUGAGCGGUUGACUGAGAUUGUAGCGGUUGGAAGAGGAGCAAAGUUUUGAAAAGUGUAUAGUUUGUCCAAGAGGGAGGAGAGAGCUUGUUGAGCCUGUAUAAAUACAGAUCUUGUGGUCUGCUUGCCUCAAAUUAGAUGCAAAAAAGAAGAAGAUUAUAUUAGAAUUUCGCGA